UCUCCAUCUCCACUCUUUUCUUUUUUUUAAAAAAAAAAAUAUAAAUUUGGUUAUUUUUUAUGUUAUUUUAUUUUAUUUCUCUCUCUCUCGCGCUUCGACCUAAAUACCAGAAUCCAUUUUCGUUGGGGAAUCAGUUUCGACCUACGUUUCGGCGCCGGAAUAAUCUCGGGAGAUCCCGCAAGAUCCGAUUUUGGGGAGGUUUUGUGGUUUUUUUGGGUGGGGAAUUGAGGAUAUUGUGAGGCGAUUUGGGGGAGAGGGGGAGGGGGGAAAUCCGCGGCGGAGGCGGCGGAGAUGGUGGCGAAGAUGAUGCGGUGGCGUCCAUGGCCGCCGCUCACGGCGAGGAAGUUCCGGGUGCGGCUCGUGGUGCGGAGGGUCGAGGGGGUGGCGGCGCCGGCGCCGGCGAGGGUGACGGCAGAGGUGAGGUGGAAGGGGCGGCCGAGGGCGGCGCUGGGGCCGCUGAGGAGGACGGUGAGGAGGAACUGCACGAGGGAGGAGGAGGUAAUGGCGGAGAAGGACGAUGGGGAGAGGAGGGAGGAGGCGGAGCAGGAGGAGGAGGGGAGGGGUUUCGUGGAGUGGAACGAGGACUUCGAGAGCGUCGUAACCCUAACGUCGUAUAGGGAGAACGCGUUCCACCCGUGGGAGUUGUCCUUCGUCGUCUUCAAUGGCGUGAAUCAAGGAUCCAAGAACAAGGCAUCCAUUCUUGGAACUGCUACACUGAACCUGGCUGAAUAUGCAUCGACAGCAAAGGAGGAGAUUGAGAUAAAGCUUCCAUUGGUUCUGCCUGGUGUUACCACCGAAUCUCCUCCGUCACUUCAUAUUUCUCUCAACCUACUGGAAUUGAGACUUGGUGAAGAAACAUCAGAGGCAGAGCAGAGGCCUAUAGUGCCUGCUCCAUUAUCGCCUUCUUCUGGAGACGGUCAGCCCGCGGAAAAGGACGAGCUAUCCGCUCUUAAAGCUGGACUGAGAAAGGUGAAAAUCUUUAGAGAGCUUGUGUCAACUCGUAAACCUAAAAAGACUUGUGGAGAUGAUGAAGGCAGUGAAGGGAAGUGCUCCGCUAGGAGUGAAGAAGUGGAGCAAGCAUACCCGUUCGAUACAGACUCGAUGGAUGAUGAUCUCGAUGAAGGAGAAAUAGAAGAGGGCAAGGAGGUUAGGAAGUCGUUCAGUUACGGGACAUUAGCGUAUGCUAACUUUGCCGGUUCAUUUUGCGGUGAUGUUGGUUUUGAUGGGGAGUAUGAGGACUGGGUUUAUUACAGCCAUCGGAGAUCUGAUGUUGGUUAUUCACGUAAUGAAGAGACAGCACCAUCUGUUCAGGAGCAAUCUGUGUCGCAGGCAUCAAAGAGGAGCAUCAUCCUCCCAUGGAGGAAGAGAAAAUUAGGGUUUCGGUCGCCAAAGGCAAAAGGGGAACCUUUGUUGAAGAAGGCUUAUGGGGAGGAGGGAGGAGACGAUAUCGACUAUGAUCGGAGGGUUCUCAGUUCAUCCGAUGAAUCUCUCUCUGCCCUGAAGCAAAAGGACGAAGAAGGUUCUACUAACCACUCAUCAGUAUCAGAAUUUGGUGAUGACAAUUUUGUAAUUGGUAGCUGGGAGACAAAGGAGAUAGUGAGCCGCGACGGCCACAUGAAGCUUUCCACCCAAGUCUUUUUCGCAUCAAUCGAUCAAAGAAGCGAACGGGCUGCCGGUGAGAGUGCGUGCACUGCCCUUGUGGCCGUCAUCGCUGACUGGCUUCACAAUAAUCCUAACAUGAUGCCUAUUAAGUCCCAGUUCGACAGCCUUAUUCGAGACGGCUCCCUUGAGUGGAGAAGCCUCUGCGACAAUCAAUCUUAUCGAGAGCGCUUCCCUGAUAAGCAUUUUGACCUUGAAACUGUUCUUCAUGCGAAUGUCCGCCCGCUAUCUGUUAACCCUAGCAAGUCCUUUAUUGGUUUUUUCCAUCCAGAAGGCACCGAGGAUAGUAGCGGCUUUGAGUUUUUACAUGGGGCCAUGUCCUUCGAUUGCAUUUGGGAUGAGAUUAGCAGAGAUGGUGGGCCGGAGUGCCUCUACAUUGUGAGCUGGAAUGAUCACUUCUUCGUGUUAAAGGUCGAGCGUGAUGCUUAUUACAUUAUAGAUACGCUUGGGGAGAGGCUCUAUGAAGGCUGUGACCAGGCUUACAUUCUCAAAUUCGAUGCGAGUACUUCGAUUCGUCAAAUUCCGAGUGAGGAAAAAACUGCCAAUUCUGAUUCCAAUGGAGCUGCAAGUAGUGGCGCACAGAGUUCUAACUCUAAAGGAGAGGACGAUGGCGAAAAUAGUGCUGUUGCAGACGGUGAGCUCGUUUGCGAGGGUAAGGAGUCGUGCAAGGAGUACAUUAAGAGCUUCUUGGCGGCCAUUCCGAUCAGGGAACUUUUGGUCGAUAUCAAGAAAGGGCUUAUGGCUUCUGCUACCCCGCUGCACCACCGACUCCAAAUCGAAUUGCAUUACACCGACUCAUCUAAGGAGACAAACAUGGAGUUCCCAUUGCCAAUAGAGACAGGCGCAGCACUAACCGUAGCACCUGCAGUUGCUGUAUAGAAUGUUUCUGCAUGGGGGACACUAAUAAGCGAGGGUGAGGGCGUGCUAUCUUAUCACUAGCCUGUAUCAGUCCAUGUAAGAUCGUUCGGCUGAAAGCAUCAAGGAAGCCCAUCGAAGAGAGGUUCCUUAAUCGUUUUCUUUCUCCGCCUCUUAAUUUAAACCGACUGCUGUGUAGUGUUUUUCCUAUGUGUUUUCCGACUCCCCUUCCGUCUUUAUUUUGUAUAGAAGAGUUGUUUAGUCUCUCUCUCUCUCUCUCUCUCUCUCUCUCUCUCUCUCUGUGUCAUCCAUUGCCUACUAACUGUGUCCAGUGUUCUAAUUCCUCGACUUUGAUAAUUAAUCAAUAUCUUCUUCUUAAA